AUGGAUCGUGUGGAAAGAGUCAAUGGAGAGGAUAUCUGGCAAGAUAGAGAGAUUAGGUUCGAUGUGGAUCACAAACUUCUUCGUAUGGCAAAAGGAGAAUUCGCAGUCGCAAAAGUUGAGCAUGUGGAAGACACAAAAGGAAAUAAUGGGGAUAAAGGUAUAAUGAAGGUGACUAAUCUACGAUUAAUCUGGUACGCUAUGAAUAUGCCACGUAUCAAUAUAUCAAUCGGAUGGAACACAAUCACUGGAACUCAAAGCAAAACCUCUACAUCUUUGGCGGCACGAAACCGUGGAGGAACCAAUGAAGCAAUUUAUAUUCUUGCCAAACUUUCCUCGACGACUACCAAGUUUGAAUUUAUAUUCACUGCAACAAGCCCGAAUUCUCAUUCAAAGUUAUUCAACACAAUCUCUUCUAUCAACCGCGCAUACGAAACCACAAAAAUGUAUAGAGAACUGAAGAUGCGUGGAAUUUUUAUUCGUGAAGAUGGAACCCUUCGCAUUCUACCUCAAGAGUAUAUUGUUGAAAUCGUCGCAGGUGCAUGGAAUUUGUCAACGGAAACUGGAAGUCUUGGAGUAUUCGUUAUCACAAACAUUCGUAUUGUUUGGUAUGCUGAAUUGAAUACCGGAUACAAUGUGUCUGUCCCAUAUCUCACUCUUUAUUCUGCAAGAGUUAGAGAGUCAAAGUUUGGAAUGGCGUUGGUUUUGGAGACGACUGCCAGCAGUGGAGAAUACGUACUCGGAUUUAAAGUUGAUCCACCUGAAAGACUCCAAAACUUGGUGAAAACUAUUCAAACACUCCAUAAAGCACAAAGCAUGAAACCUAUAUUUGGUGUUACAUUUAUUAAAGAAAAAUCAGAAAAAACAGAGCGAAAAGAAGUCACCAAAGAAGACGAAGAAAUUGAUAUUAUUGAUACUAAUGAGGACGAUGUGGAAAUCGAGAAAAAUAUUCGUCCAGAUCCGUUCGCAGCGUAUUUCGACGGUCAACAUAGUACAACUGAUGAAAAGAAACUUCCUGUCUUGAAUCAAGAAAUUGGAUUGUCAAUGGAACCAAUUCGCAAUGGAUUCACUCUUCAAGACUUGUGGGCAAUUCAUGUUGAUAUAAUGUCUGAACUUUGUGACUCAUUGUCGGUUGUCUACACAGGUUCACCUAAAAUUGAAGAUCAUCUCUUUGCCAAAGCGAUUCGUUGGGCAGAUCAAAAUCCAGAAGACACUAUUUUUUGGGCUCGGCGGAAAGCAUUAGAAAAAGUUCCUGAAGUAGAUGUUGAGUGGUCUUCAAAAGUCAGAGCAUUGAGAAGAAUUCGAUUCGGAUAUAACAAGAAAAAUCUUAUGAAUGCAUGUAUCGAUGAAGCAAUUAAAGCAAGUAUGGAUUCUGAGAUUGCUGCUUUCAUCUGCUCAUGCAAUCUCCCUAUAAACUGCUCACAACUUGGAUCAUUAUUGGCUGCACUUGCUUCCUUUUGUCAUGGAAAUGAUGGAAGGGCUGUCGUUGUUAUUGAUUUACGGGAAAGCGAAGAGGCAUGCGAGAAAGGUGAUCCUGAUGAGACUGACCCCUUCGAAAACUGGGAUUUUUUGGAGAAAGAAGAAGAGGGAAAAGAAGAGAAAACUGGAAAUUCUGUAGUGGAGGAAACAGAAAAAGAGAGAGAAGAUUUGCUGAAAAGGCUGAAGAAUGUUUCUGCGAUGUAUACAAGAAAUGUGUUGAUGUACGAUGGUGAAAAGUUCUCUAAUUGUAUUUAA